AUGGGGAUCGAGACACAUCAAUGUGAUGUUGAGCUUUCAAAUAUCGCCAUUUCUGAUGCUCAUGGGGAAGACUCUCCAUAUUUUGCAGGGUGGAAAGCUUAUGACGAGAACCCCUAUGACGAACUCACUAACCCCUCUGGUGUUAUACAAAUGGGUUUAGCUGAGAAUCAAGUUUCUUUUGAUAUGUUGGAGAAGUACCUGGAGUCCCAGCGGGAGAAAGGAAUUACAGUUUCAGGGUUUAGAGAGAAUGCUUUGUUUCAAGACUAUCAUGGCCUUCAAUCUUUCAGAACUGCAAUGGCUAGUUUCAUGGAAGAAAUACGAGGAGGCAGAGCCAAAUUCGACCCUCGCAGAAUUGUCCUCACUGCAGGCGCCACUGCUGCCAAUGAGCUCUUAACCUUCAUCCUCGCUAACCCAGGAGACGCUCUUCUUGUUCCCACCCCCUACUAUCCUGGAUUCGAUAGGGACUUGAGGUGGAGAACUGGGGUGAAGAUAGUUCCAAUUCAUUGUGAUAGCUCAAACAAUUUCCAGAUUACUCCUCAAGCAUUAGAGGCUGCAUAUGAAGAAGCAAGGUCCAUGAACACUAAAGUGAGAGCUGUUCUAAUCACAAACCCAUCAAACCCAUUAGGUGCAGCAAUUCAACGAGAAGUUCUAGAACAUCUUUUGGACUUCGUGAGUCGUAAGAACAUCCACCUGGUCUCCGACGAAAUCUACUCCGGCUCCGUCUUCUCUUCCUCGGAGUUCGUAAGCGUAGCAGAAAUCCUGGAAUCUCGAGGAUACAAAAACGCAGAAAGAGUUCAUGUCGUUUAUAGUCUCUCCAAAGACCUCGGCCUUCCUGGCUUCAGAGUCGGAACCAUUUAUUCUUACAACGACAAGGUCGUGACGACUGCAAGAAGGAUGUCCAGCUUCACACUUAUAUCUUCUCAGACACAGCAAAUGUUGGCUUCCAUUUUAUCCGACAAGAAGUUCACGAAGAACUACAUUAAAACCAACAGGGACAGACUCAGAAAGAGGUACGAAAUGAUCAUCGAAGGUCUGAGAAGUUCUGGGAUUGAGUGUUUGAAAGGAAACGCAGGGUUGUUUUGUUGGAUGGAUCUGAGUCCGAUGUUGCAGAAACCUACGAAACAAGCCGAGUUAGAACUCUGGAAUUCAAUUGUGCAUGAAGUGAAGCUGAAUAUAUCACCUGGUUCGUCCUGCCAUUGUUCUGAACCGGGUUGGUUCAGAGUUUGUUUCGCAAAUAUGAGCGAGCAAACGUUGGAAGUGGCACUGAAGAGAAUACGUAGCUUCAUGGAUCAAAGAGAGAAACCUAGCUCGCAGAGGAUAUAGAGAGAAACCCCAAUAAGUAUACAAUUUGUUUUAAAUUAUUAUAUAUUUUUUCAAAUGGUUCUUGCCAUUUUGGUGAAUAAAUACUUAAAUGGGUGUGACCAUAAGAUUCAACAUCCUUUAAGGAAAUAGGAAGAAGAUGCUGUGAAGUAGAUUCUGUGUUCAAG